ACGUUACCGGAGUUACCUGACACUGUAUUGAACCUGUCUGUCCUGCAGGGAAACACCAGAUAUAUUGUGUAUUGUAUCUGUCUCAUACGGAACCUUCACAAGUCGUUUAUGUUCCUCUGUAUAGACAGUUUGGUCUGAACCUGUGAAUCACCUUGCUGUACAGCGUUUCCUGUGGACAAGCCAUCUCUAAGUUACAGUAUAUACCGAGGAUACUUAUAUAUACCUAUGAAACGUAAUGAGAGCAAAGCGUCCAUAUGGUCGGCGAGAAGCUCGGCAUCUCUCAGGUGCCGCUUCAGUAUCGGAGAGGAUGAUUUCAAUACCAUGAAAAAGGAGGGGACCUUGGAGCAGUCUAUGAUGGAGGCGCUGGUUAAUGACAGAGUUGAUGCAGUCAAGGUCCUCAUAGAGAACGGGUUUAAAAUGCAAACCUUCCUCACUAUAGCACGUCUUGAGGAACUUUACAACACUAAACUUGGACCGACUAAUACUCUCCGCCACCUAGUACAGGAUACAAAGAAAAAGAAUAUUUCCUCCAGCUAUCGAUACACUAUGCUCGACAUCGGCGCCGUGGUGGAACAGCUAAUGGAGGGCGCUUAUCGGUCUGCUUACUGUCGUAAGCGAUUUAAACAGAAGUACCACGCCAUCAAACGCAAUAGCAUUGUGGGUAACAUGGGACGACUGGUGACCACUAUGCCGAUGAUCAUGGAUACCACUGGAGCACAGGAGCUGUUCCCUCAUCCAUAUCACGACCUACUGAUGUGGGCAGUCAUAAUGAAGCGUCAGGAAAUGGCUAUGUAUCUGUGGCGACAAGGCGACGAGGCAAUGGCGAAGGCACUUGUGGCGUGUAAGCUAAAUAAGGCGAUGGCGGCUGAGGCUGAUCGUUAUGAUCUGGAGGUUGACAUCUCUGAUGGUCUUAGGUCAAACGCAAAGUCCUUUAUGAAAUUAUCCCUGGAACUUCUGGAGCAUUGUUCCAAAAUAGACGAUGCGUGCACACAACACCUCCUGACAUACGAGCUCAAGAACUUCGGCAAACAAACGUGUAUAAGUCUCGCAGUAGCUGCUAAUCAUCGAAAGUUUGUAGCCCACAGAUGCUGCCAGGUUCUUCUUAACGACAUGUGGAUGGGAGGCCUCCGGACCCGGAGAAACAGCAGCUUGAAGGUAAUAUUAGGAAUACUAUGUCCACCGUGUAUCUCCGUCCUCGAGUUCAAGAGCAAGGAGGAACUGAAGUUGAUGCCACAGACUCUUGAGGAACAUUUGUACGAGCUCCAGGCCCAGGGUCUGAACGAGAGAAAUAUGUCAGUCAGUGAAGACGUUGGGAAUGUUAACGAGGGGUUUCAUAGUGAAGACAACACGGAGACGAGUUUCCAGACAACCCCUACGAGCCCCAAUGUGCCCAUUAGUCCAUGUGUAAGCCAUAGUACCAGCUUCAAUUUCGGCCACCAUGCUCUGAAGGCGAAUGAAUCUGUUGCAACCAACGCGUCAGCCUUUACUGACAGUUCAAACGGGAUAUAUUUCUCCGCCAAGAAGAAGAAAGACAAUCAGCUCCGGUUCGACAGAAAAAUCUACGAGUUUUAUAAUGCUCCAAUCACCAAAUUCUGGAUCUACACUAUGACUUAUAUCCUGUUUCUCAUGUGUUACACCUAUGUUGUCCUGGUGAAAACCUACCCACAGCCGAAAUGGCAGGAAUGGGUUGUCAUGGCGUAUGUCUCCACCACGGCACUGGACAAAAUCAGAUUAAUUAUUGCAUCAGAGCCAGUGAACCUAACAAAGAAGCUGAAUUUGUACUUUAGCCAAAAAUGGAACGUAUGGGAUACCAUAGCGUUAAUAUCCUUCGCUUUAGCCGUAACUCUGCGUUUUAUACCAAGCGCAUUACGAGAUGCCCGUAUCAUGUACACAAUCAACAUUGUGUUCUGGUUCCCGAGGAUCCUCCAGAUUAUAUCUGUCAACAAAUACCUAGGGCCGUACAUCAAGAUAAUGGCGAAACUGUUCAUUGACAUGUGUUACUUUACCGUCAUCAUGGUCAUAGUCGUGAUAACGUUUGGAAUCGUCAGGCAGUCAAUACAUUUCCAACACGAAGAGCCUUCCUGGAAACUCGUAAGGAAUGUCUUCUUCUACCCCUACUGGAUGAUCUACGGAGAGUUGUUCGCGCACGAAAUCGACACGUGCUAUGACGAGGAUAAUCACCCUGACGGCUGCACGUACGGAUCAUGGGUCGCCCCAGCAUUCAUGUGCGUGUAUCUGCUUCUGAUCUACGUUCUCCUUGUUAACAUGCUCAUCGCCCGUUUCAAUGCAACAUUCAUCGCUAACAACUCCUAUGUAAAAGAGAUCUGGAAGUUCCAGCAGUACAUGCUGGUAAUGAGAUAUAAAAUGUGUCCUAUCUUACCGGCCCCUUUGGUCUUCAUCACUCAUAUAUUCCUCAGUAUCAGGUUUAUCAUCCGUCGCUGUAAAGGGACAAACGCCAAGUUUGAAAACGGUUUGAAAUUAUUCUUGUCCCACAAAGACACAGAACACCUCCACGAGUUUGAGUCAGAAUGCGUGGAAGAUUAUUUCCGGCAAACUGACAUGGAUUUCCGGUCGUCACAAGAGGAAAGAAUACGUGUCAUGGAUGAAAGGACAGAAAAAAUUAACCUGGGAUUAGAUGGCAUUACACAGAAAGGCCAGUUUAUGAAAUUGUCCUUACAAACUGCAGAUCAACGGAUGUCUCAUCUUGAAGACAUUUCCAACAAAACAGCCGAAACGCUUCAGGCGUUAAGAACACUAUUGGAUCUUGGAGUAAAAAGCAUCGGUGCUAACGGAUUUGCCUCUUGUGUUAGCAGCAUUGAACAAACCUUAGCCAAAGAAACUACAUCGGAUUGUAAUUCACAACCAACAGACAAUGACAAGAUGGCGAAUGAGGAUGAUAGCAUACCGGUAAAAACUGAUUCUUCCGCAUCGGACACGUGUGAUAGUUCUGUGUUGAAAUCAAAGAAACACACGGAACAGGAUAAUAAUUUCGAUGUCACAGUAACAAAAGAGGGAAGAAAACUCUCAAUACACGUUUACGAUACAACAAAGGAUGAUGAAACUGCAUCAGAAACCAAAGAAACACCUAAUUCAACGGAAAAUGAAAAGAAUAAUUUGAAAACAACAGAAGUUCGGGUAAGAAGAGUAUCGGCGUGAAAAUGCUGCGUUUAUCUACGCAAUUUCGUCAUCAAUUCCUUUUAAACGGUGCUUGGGGCGAUAAUGAUCUCUAACUGAAAUGUAGGAAAAAUCCUUGAUACUGUAAAGAUCAUCAACUCUGAUGGACUAAAAGCUGAUGGUCAAGUAGUCUGAUAUGUUAUCGUGAUUAAUAUGAUGCAAUUACAGUCUUUUGCUGAUGUCGAUACCUUGAUUUUAGACCAAAGAAAGGAAAAUAUUGACCGAGGACAUAUAAUGACACCUGUAUAUACAACGAUACAGUUGUGACAAUUGGACGUGUACUGUUUUAAAGUAACAGCAGUGAAAACAUGACAAGAGAUGCUUCAAAGACACCCAAUGUAUGGUAAUGUGGAAUGGACUUCUAUAUAAUGUGCAAAUGAGUUUUAUGAUAUUCAAAUGCUGAGCAUAAUACAAUAAAUAGUGUUUCUUCCAUGCUUCUGGAAACAAUAUUUAUCGUUAUCAUGACAAUAUUUAAUAUCAAUGCGUUAGAUCAAUUUAUGUAUAUUGAUGACGGAGUAAUAAGACAACUGAACCUAAAAAAAAAAAAAAAAAAAAAAAAAAAAA